AUGUCUACCUGCUUUUCGACGCCCACUGCGACGCAGUUUGGGUCUACAGUGGUGAAUAGCGUAUCCACCUCCUUCAGCAAUAGUGGCACCUCUGUUUCCCCCUCGGUGACUACCAUUGUAACGGACUCGUGUGUCGUUUCUGCAAGUGGAAAUGUAACCGUAACCGGCUGCGUUACCAGCUCGAUUGUGAGCACAAUCAGAGGAGGUGGAGACAGUACUGUGCAGGUUCCAAUCGUGCUCACGAUACCCGUAACACAGAGCAGCCCCACUGCGACGCUAUACGGAACAACAUGCAAUAAAUCCGGCACUAGCUCUUCUGUGUCCUCGUUCGCACCGGCACCUUCUAUGGCACCUUCGUCACCUCCCACUCCCACUCCUACGUCGGUAUCCUCCAAUCAGCAGUCCUCAUCCUCAUCUUCGAGUAGUUCUUCGAUCAACUCGGUGAUCACGACGGCCGUUCCGACCACCAUCGUCUAUCAGUCGUCUUCGACGCUUCCUGGAGGUUCAGUGGUUGUGAGCCAGAUGACGGAGACGUCCACUGUCAUCACUACUUUGGCGAGCUCUCCGACUCCGACGAGCGGCAGUUCGUCGAACACUGGAGCGAUCGUGGGUGGCAUCGCAGGAGGCGCCGUUGCCCUCGCCAUUCUCCUCCUAUUGGCAUUUUUCUGCGUACGUCGCCAGAGACGCAAUACGGACCCUUUCGCAGCUGAGGACGAGGUAAUUUCCCCACAAGUCGUGCACGCGCGGAGGAAUCGUGAAAAGACGCUCGACAUUGAUGGCGAAGCACACCCAUACACCUACGGCGGCCUCGCAAAUGUAUCGCCCCUAGGUAAUGCCGAAGAGACCACACCGUACGGCGGCGGCGGGCUGAAUAAAGGCAUCGGCAACUAUUUCGCUGUGCCGACUUCGUCUCCGCGCGGCACCACGUCGUCCUUACCGAGCAUGCGCAGGCGCAACGCGACCCCUCCUCUGCACCUUGUGCAGCAGUCCGCAGGUGCGCCGUCCGCAGUGUCCCAGCAAGACGACGGCAGUGCGAGUUCCCGCACGGGCGGCGCUUCCCAGGAGAAGACUCGCAAGAUAGUUUCGCCGGUGCCGCGCGUGGCCCCGCUUAUAAUUGCGCGGCCAUCGAAUUCCAGCUCUGCAGCGGGGCCGUCUGGUGGGCGCACUCCAGUCUCCGAGAUGGUGCACACGCCCAUCGUGCAUCAAGACGCCGGCAGGGUCGUACCUGUGCAGGCCAGCCGGCCGGCGACUCCAAUUCACCCAACCAAGGAACGUCUCGGCACUGGUGUCGCUGAAGAGGUGCCUGAGGUGCCCCCUCCUGCUUACACGGAGUGA